UUCAAGGCUGUUUCGGAAUGGAGCAUCGUUGUUCAAUCUCACAGUAGAAGCGAUCGAGUUCACUGCUCACUUCUCAAUACCAGCCCAGAACUUAAGGGAUCUUUCAAAGUCGGCUGCCACGUAAGAUACACCGCUUGCCUAGAUCUGCCUAAUUCUACUUAUAAAUGGAGAUGUUUGAAGAUAGCAAAGACUUCAUGGAGCACCUGUAACGAAGCGAAAGUGAUAGUGGAAAAUUCUGAUACGAAAGGCAUCUCCUCUCCGAACGUUGGAAAUGGUAUCACUCCGUUGAAGGUUGCCAAUUUCAUUCAUAUUCCAUUUGUAAUUGAUAAUUCCAAACAGAUCAAGGGUAGCUCCUGUGAGGAAUCGAGAGUUGGAGAGUUGUGGGCAAGACUUUGGUUUCGGGUGGAACUCGGACUCUUAAAAUGUUUAGAAAUAUGGCAUAAAAAAUCAAGAGCUCAACCUCGUCAUAACUCGUCCUGA